AUGGCGGAAGAACAGGCCCCCACGCCGGAGAACAUGACAAUGCUCCAGGGCUUUGAAUGGUAUGUUCCUGCGGACCAUAAACACUGGGUCCGGCUAGAGAAGCAUGUCCCACAGCUCAAGGCGUGGGGUAUUGACAACAUUUGGAUCCCUCCUGCAUGCAAAGGCUCUUCUACGACUGGCAACGGCUAUGACAUCUACGAUUUGUACGAUCUUGGCGAGUUCGAUGCUAAGGGCGGCGUUGCUACGAAAUGGGGCACUAAGGACGAACUCUUGAAGCUCGGCCAAACCGCCAAGGACCACCGAGUUGGGCUCUACUUCGACGCUGUGCUGAACCACAAGUUUGCCGCCGAUCACAAGGAGAAGUGUCAAGCAAUCGAAGUGGACCAGGAGGAUCGAAACAAGGAGAUCAGCGACAAGUAUGAAAUCGAGGCUUGGGUGGGCUUCGACUUUCCUGCUCGCCAGGGCAAGCACAGUCCGAUGAAGUACCACUGGUAUCACUUUUCUGGAGUCGACUUCAACGCGCGCAAUGAAAAGACUGGCAUCUACAAGAUCAUGGGAGACAAGUCCACGGGUUGGGCAGAACACGGUGAUGUUGACAGUGAGAAGGGAAACUAUGAUUUCCUCAUGGGCUCUGAUCUCGACUACUCUCACCCCGAAGUGGAGGAAGACGUGCUCAACUGGGGCAAGUGGCUCGCCAACGAACUGCCGCUCAAGGGCAUCCGCUUCGACGCCAUCAAGCACUACAGCGAGGAGUUCCUGCGCAAGUUCAUCACCAUGCUUGACGAGACAUAUGGCCAAGGCUGGUUCUUCGUCGGAGAAUUCUGGAAGGACUCCCUCAACGAUAUGACGCGGUACCUGGACCGCAUGCAGAAGAAAUUCUCCCUCUUCGAUGCGCCCCUCGUUUACAACUUCAGCGAGAUCAGUCGCGGCAACGGUGCCGAUAUGCGACAGGUAUUCGACCAGACUUUGGUGUCCGUCAUGCCUGUGAAUGCCGUUACCCUCGUCAUGAACCAUGAUACGCAACCAUACCAGGCUCUUGAAGCGCCCAUUGAGGGUUGGUUCAAGCCCCUUGCUUACACCCUAAUUCUCCUUCGUGUGGAGGGUUACCCCUGUAUCUGGUUCGGCGAUCUCUACGGCAUCGACCCGAAAGGUGAGCAUCCCUUCCCAUGCGCGUGUGGAGGGGCUCUGCCGAAGAUGGCGCUGGCUCGUAAGCUCUACGCGUACGGUAAGCAGGCGGAUUACUUUGAUUACCCCACCUGUCUCGGCUGGGUCCGUUACGGAACUUGGGACCGCAGGUUCGGAUGCGCUGUCGUGAUGAGCAACGCUGGACCUGGCGAGAAGCGCAUGCAUGUUGGCGAGAUGCAUGCUGGUGAGGUGUGGACUGAUGUGUUGGGAUGGUCGGACCGCGAGGUCACGAUCGAGGACGAUGGGUUUGGGGUCUUCGUCUGUGGUGGGACAAGUGUGAGUAUCUUUGUCAACCGCGAGGCGGAGGGGCGGGAGAAGUUCUGCGAGACAUUUAACGACAACAUCUAUGGUCAUGAAUGCUAG